UGAGGCGGGAGCUGUGUGUUGUCGUUGAGUCUGCGGCUUAAAGGCGAUUGUCUCCGCCAUCCGUGCACAUCCCUCCACAGUGGAGAAUUGCAAAUCUCGAGAACGAUACCACUUCAGCUACAGCAACAUAGCUUCAUAUCUCUGACAGCCUGCUCUGAAUCUACCACUCUCGAUCCCGCGACUUUCCGCAUUGCCGCCGCCAUAGAACCUCUCAUACCACUUCACUACCUGCCAUCCAUGUGCUCGAGCGCCACUCUCCUCUGACAUCUUGCGCCAAACCUCACGAUGGGCGUAGACACGCGCAAACCUCCCUUACCAGCUCCCACAGACCUCAGUUCCGUCGAUAACGGAAACAACACUACCGACGACCUAGCUACAGAUCUAUCUCGUGCCACAGACAAGACUUCAUAUUCCAUACCCGAGGACGGCAGUCCGGUAACAAUCGCAACAAAACGACACAAGGACGGAGCGCUCACAAAACAUACAAAUCACUCCCAGACAUCCCUUCUAAUCGAAUAUUUCGAAGCCGCAAAAACAGGGGACAAGGUUCAUUCACGACCGAGCGUCCGGGUCCGGGUGACUCCUUCUUCGCACAAGAGAUCAAGAACCGCAAGUGAUCAGCUACGCGUCACAGAGCUUGGGAAAGACAGGAAGCCUUCGUAUACGAGGCGCAUAUCCUUAGGCAACAAGGCUGCCGACGAGAAGGCUGGGGAGGCGACUGAACUUUCUUAUUCGGGCGAAUCUGCUAUUUCGGAUCGGCCGCCGGUAGAGGUGGAAGUCUUGCAGAACGCAAGCGAUCUCUCGCAGUCGGAUAUUUCUGCGAGUCACCGACUACCUACAGAUUCAGCCAUAUCAUCCAUGCCACCGGACAGCACUCUGGACGGACCACUCGUUCCCAUAAUCACUCGCAGGCGGAGCCAGAGCUUGGAGCGUGACCUAGAGAAGGAAGAGGUCAUCAUCAAGGACUCAUUGAAAGCGCCAGAUCGUAAGCGUAGUAGGAGUCUGAGUCGCGAGCGCAUCACACAGAAGGUCAUGGAGAAGUUGACUGCGAAACCUGCAGAGUCUAUGAAUGUGACAAAAGACGUCAAGGCUUCCAGCAGACGAAAGUCAAGCAGAGAUGAUGUCGCAGCCGGAGGCGUCAGUUCGCCACGAAGAACUGGUAGGUCUCACAAAGGCGACGACUUAAGUGGCAGUGCCGAGUCGAGCCUUGUGUCUUCGAAUGCGAAUCGCAAAUCUGGAGAAUCCAUAUCAAUGCGAUCUGGCGUAUCGGCAGCGUCCUCGAUCAACAAUCCAAAGCUUUUACAAACCGUCGAAGACGCUAUACGAAGAUUGAUCUUGCCCGAGCUGAACGCCCUGAAGGAGGAACAAAAGACGCAGAAGAACAGAGAUAAGUUCGAGAAGGCGGCUGCACGAGAUUCGGUUGGAUCGUACAGCUCCCGAGAUGAGCUCAAACGCCGCGUGUCAAAGCAUGCCAGCGCUCCGGACAUGUCUAAAUCGAGGCCUAAGGUUGUGCUCAACCGAGAUGGUGAUGAUCCUGGCGUAGUGCUCUCUAGCGAUUCUAUCAAAGGCAGGAAGCACAGAAGAUCAAGUCGUGAUUCCAGCGAUUCGCGACCAGAAUCACGGUCAGAGAGUAGGAAGAGCAGUGGCAGCCGGCACCGAUCCAAGGGUGAGGUCGCAGCAGCUGGUCUGAUAGGUGCUGGUCUGACAGCUGCCGCGCUGAAACAUCAUGACUCCAAAGAAAGUGUCGACCGCAAGCACCACAGAAAGCAUCGUAGCAGUAGUCGAAGCAGAAGCGCGAGCAUCUCUGAGAGUGUUGGCCGGACCGAACGAGAUGAACACAUACCUCCAAUGCCCAUGCAAAGCACUCUGCACGGUUCUGAGGUUACCCGGGAUUCGAUUAUGUCGUCAGGCACCGAGCGUCGUCGUCGUUCAGUGUCUUCGCAAGGGGAGCACACGCCUGUCCGCGAAGUCUCUCGUGGCUCAGCCGGCGCUGUCACAUCUCCAGAUCCUCAGACACCAACAAGAACUCCUGCCGCUCUCUCGAGGGGUUUAUAUAGCCAGCACAGCAAUCGUUCCCUGGGAAGUCUACCAAGGAGUGCCAAAAGCGAUCGGAGCUUGUCCGGAUCAAAGACUGCCGCAAUUACUGCUGCAGGAGUUACUGGGGCUGUAACACUAUCUCAUGCUACAGAAAAGCAGGAUAUCAAUCGCGACUACACUCAGUAUACUCCAACGAGGGAAGUCAGUCCUGUACAAAGCGAUGCCAGCUAUAGAGAGGAACACGUUCAAGGCGGUCGACGCGAGUAUGUUGACUCGCCUCGCAGUCCUUUAUCUGUAUCGUCCCUCGGGAGAGGCUAUGACAGGAAACACUCAAAUAUGUCUAUGAAUUCUGCGACCUCAACUCCGAGCUAUAAGAUGCCACGUGCUAAAGAACGACCCAAGGCAGUCACCCUGGAGACUCCAAGUAUGAUCCUAGGGGAUCGCGGCGACCAUGGAACACCUGGAAAGGAGGCCGAUGAAUUCUUUCAAGUAAACCAUGAGGAAAAUGAACGAUAUCGGCGAGAGCUUGAAGAGGCAGGCGAAUCACCUACGAGCUAUAAACGAAAUACCGGAUACACUGACGACAGUGUCGACGGUCCUUUCAUGGAUAGGAUGACUGCUGGCCAGGACAUUCGAGGAGUGGGUGCGAUUCCAGAGUACGUGCGCACUCCAGUUGCCGUUGAAUCUGCUGUCGCGUCCCUACACGAGCCAUCGAAUGUCAGCGGGCAGUCGUCAGAAAUGAGCCCUCAGAAGAAGAGUCAUUUUUCUGCGUAUUCUACCUAUGAGGAUCAGCUCGCCAAAGAAUUGCCAUCUCCCCAAACUACGAGAGAAGCAGAUCCGUCCAGUCGACUGAGUCCUACAAAGGAGAGAUGGAGCACCUUGAAGGAGCAAGCAGCGCGAUCUUUGUCUUCAUCAAAGUCGAACUCGCAGCAUAAUUCCCACAACUCUCCGCAACAGAGUGUCAAUCACUCCGCCCACGAGGAGCAGGAAGAACCUAUCGAUUUUUCUGCAAAUGCGCUCCCACUGGCUCAUGACCCUAUGCCUGAGAUAGGCCACGGUUUCGAUAGUGACGAGCAGUCCGAGGUUACUACUAAUCCGUCAAUCAUACAAGGGCCACUAGGCGGCGAGCACUAUGGAGGCGAUAGGGCUCAUUGGCCUCUCGAGGUGACGCCGUUGAAAGGCAACGCUUCCCAAGGAAAGGAUAUCGACCAGUUCGAUGGGCAAGGGAAAACGCUUCUUGCUGGUGCCGGUGCUGCGACUGCUGCAGGUAUUGCCGCGGCCGCCGCUGCUCGGAUCCAAAGAGACCAGGACCAACAUUCUCCAGAUCAGCAAAACUAUGAACCUUCUCUGGAGGAUGAGUACAAUGCUCGCGUGGAGGACGAUUAUGAUGAUGAACCCACAGCACACCCAAAGAAUCCUUUCAGUCCGCAAAGUCUACGACUUGAUGAAGGCUAUAUUUCUGCCGCUCACGCUGGUGCCAUCACGCCCGAUUCUCAGGUCCGGGACUACUAUGCAGACGCGAGACAAGGAGGCCAAUACACUCCUGACAUCGCUGCCGACGAUCCUUUCGGUCCCGCCACGACUGGCAAGCACGGUAGACAUGUGAGUAUGAAUUCUCACGGAAUGGAGUCCCCACUUUACGACAGUGCCACGGGUCGGGGCAUGGACAGAAUCCAAUCUAAGGACGUGGUCGCCCUCAUGGAUCAUCUCACAGUGCGAGAUGCUCAACGUAAUGCUCGCGAUACUGAGAUCCUUGUCACGCUUGUGCGCAGUGCAGCCGAGAUGCGCAACCAAUUCGAGGAUAUGAAACGUUUUAUUGCGGUACAAGAUGCUGCCCUCAUGCAAAACACCAAUCAAAAAGCAGUGGGUAUCGAGCAGAAAAUCCUGCAAGGUCCUCGCCCACAACCGCUUGGAUCUCCUCGCAUACCUCGACAGGCUUCUACAGAUGAUGGAUCAGAGGAUCUUCCGACCAAGAGGCGCAAUGUUUUCAGGCGGGCCCUGAAAGGUCUCAGCGCGAAGAGCACCAACGACAUGGCUAACAUCGAGAAUAUGCUAGUGCAAUUGUUGGGCGAAGUUGAAGGAUUAAAGGAGAUGCAGACGGCCUCUCAGCCUCAGCUUACUCAAAUCAGGAGUCAAUCUCACAGUCUCACGUCCUACGAGAACCUUAGAGCUAGUGGCGACGCAGGAUAUGAGCCUGACGGACAGGCCGGUACGUCGUCAACGCCAAAUCAUUCAGGAUACUUGUCAAAUCCUUCAUCGUUGCGACAAUCCGGCGGUGCCAUGCAUUCUGGCUAUGAUGGGCGCCGCGGGUCCGAGCACCGCAUUAGCACUGUACUCGAGGGCGAUGAGGACACUCUUGACGAGCACGAGGCUCGUGCCUUGGAUGUCGGGUUCGAGAACAACGAACGACUUCUUACCCCAACUCAAGAAGUCCGGCGUGCGCAGAUCCACGAGAACAGUCCGCCAACACAAGCAUCAGGUCAGUUUGCAGCGCAAAGCCAAGAGAACACACCGAAACGGAAACACAAAUCCGGCUCAUCAUCAAUCUUUGGUAUACCCAAGAUCUCACGAUGGUCCAAGACGACGACGUCUACUGCCCCAGAGCGGAACAGUAUAGAUCGCAAGAGUCAAAUAUACUCUGAUCAUUCUCGGUCUGGAUCUCAGGCUGAUCUGAACUUUUAUGAUGAUGAUGAUGACUAUCGAAUGAACCCCGAUGACCGCCUACGUUCAAAGUCUACUCUCGGUGAAGGUCAAGCGCGAAGUCUUGGCGGCAGCCAAGGCAGAUCUCCUUCACCGUUGAUACCUGAAGAGGAUUAUGAUGAUCCCAAGUACAAAGCUCAUCGCAAUUCACUCAAUCUCGAACAUCCGCAGCCUCGUCCUGGUCCGACGCAUCGUCGUACUGGACAUCUGGAGAACCAAGCUGUCUCUUUUGGCAACAUGCCGCUGUCUCCCAGGUCCGAACACGGACAAGAUGACGAAUUUGACAACAAGUUUGAUCAGUGGGGGUCAAAUCCUAGCCUUGUGCUAGGGCGUAACAAUCGCUUGAGCGGCGGCUCAGAAAGAUACACCCAUGGCCGCAGUCUAAGCCCGAUCGAUUCCGAAGGCGGAUACAGCGGACAUUCGGCAAGCGAACAAGCUCAGGCACCUUCAAAGCAGCAGCAGCAAUCAGCAAUCGCACCAAAGGUGUCAGUCGAGCAAUCGGCACCGAGCCGUUCGUAUGGCAGCAGUUACGAAGGCUACUCAUCACCGUACUCACAGGGCCAUCUCGCACCGCUUGAGCCCAUCCAGGAGGUCAGGUACAGCCUGGAAACGGACAGACAAGUCCUCACGCCCAGCCCCAGUCUACACAAGAGCCAAGGCAUGAGCUCGCCAUCGCGCAAAAUCACGGGGCCACGCCCGAUGAGGACGACAAGCGGCCAAGGCGCCACGAGUGGAAGCGGCAACACACCUGCUGCCAACAUUGGCACGGUACGGAGGAAGCCAGUAAGCGCAAGGGAAGCAGAUGCUGAGAGUAUCCCGAGUUACCGCGAUAGCUUCGAAAGCGAGACAUUUUAAGCGAGAAGUUUUUUACGCGAAACCCUGCGAUGCAUAAGCGGCGGCG